AAAGCACCCAGUAUCCCUUUAAAUCAGUGCUUGAUAACUCCUCCCUCUUCUUCCUGCUCUCAAACACAACAAGCUCCACUCUGUUCUCAUAUUUCCUUGUUCGCUCCCCUUCAGAUCUACAGUUUGGAGAUGAGUGUAGCCAACAUGUAAUGUAGUACAACAGCUGCAGGCUGCAUUCACUGCAGUAACACAUGUUGUUUAGAUCAGAGGUCAAACUUGUUCACCUUCUAAGGGAGUGAAACUCAGACAGUCGUUGCCACUGAAAGGUAAAAUGGCACAAAGAGGAGUUCAGCUGGACCGAGAAAACUUCUCUUGUUCGAUCUGUUUGGAUCUACUGAAGGAUCCGGUGACUAUUCCCUGUGGACACAGCUACUGCAUGAACUGUAUUAAAAGCUUCUGGGAUGAAGAGGACGAGAAGAAAAUCCACAGCUGCCCUCAGUGCAGACAGACCUUCACACCGAGGCCUGUCCUGGUGAAAAGCACCAUGUUAGCAGAUUUAAUGGAGGAGCUGAAGAAGACUGGACUCCAAGCUGCUCCUGCUGAUCACUGCUAUGCUGGACCUGAAGAUGUGGCCUGUGAUGUCUGCACUGGAAGGAAGCUGAAAGCCCUCAAGUCCUGUCUGGUGUGUCUGGCUUCUUACUGUGAGAAACACCUCCAACCUCAUUAUGAUGCAGCUCCAUUAAAGAAACACAAGCUGGUCGACCCCUCCAAGAAGCUCCAGGAGAACAUCUGCUCUCGCCACGACACAGUCUCAGCUGCAGCAGAAAGGACUGAGAGGCAGAGAGAGCUCGAGGUGAGUCGACAAAACAUCCAGCAGAGAAUCCAGGACAGAGAGAAAGAUGUGAAGCUGCUUCAACAGGAGGUGGAGGCUGUCAGUCGCUCUGCUGAUAAAGCAGUGGAGGACAGUGAGAAGAUCUUCACUGAGCUGAUCCGUCUCAUCCAGAAAAGAAGCUCUGAUGUGAAGCAGCAGAUCAGAUCCCAGCAGGAAACUGAAGUGAGUCAAGUCAAAGAGCUUCAGGAGAAGCUGGAGCAGGAGAUCACUGAGCUGAAGAGGAAAGACGCUGAACUGAAGCAGCUCUCACACACAGAGGAUCACAACCAGUUUCUACACAACUACCCCUCACUGUCACAACUCAGUGAACCUACAGACUCAUCCAGCAUCAAUAUCCGUCCUCUGAGAUACUUUGAGGAUGUGACAGCGGCUGUGUCAGAGCUCAGAGAUCAACUACAGGACAUCCUGAGGGAGAAAUGGACAAACAUCUCACUGACAGGGACUGAAGUGGACGUUUUACUGUCAGAAGCAGAACCCAAGACCAGAGCUGAGUUCUUAAAAUAUUCACGUGAAAUCACACUGGAUCCAAACACAGCAAACACAGAGCUGUUAUUAUCUGGUGGGAACAGAAAAGCAGUGCGAAUGAAACAACAACAGUCUUAUUCUAGUCACCCAGACAGAUUCACUGUAUAUUGUCAGGUCCUGAGUAGAGAGAGUCUGACUGGACGUUGUUACUGGGAGGUGGAGUGGAGAGGAAUAGGAGUUUGUGUAGCUGUCGCAUACAAGAAUAUCAGCAGAACAGGAGACUGGAAGGAAUGUGGAUUUGGAUGUAAUGACAAAUCUUGGGUAUUACGUUGUGACGCUAACAGUUAUAUAUUUAGGUUCAACAACAUCCAAACUCUCGUCUCAGGUCCUCGUUCCUCCAGAGUAGGAGUGUACCUGGAUCACAGAGCAGGUAUUCUGUCCUUCUACAGCGUCUCUGAAACCAUGACUCUCCUCCACAGAGUCCAGACCACAUUCACUCAGCCUCUCUAUGCUGGACUUUGUGCUUUUUAUGGAGCCACAAGUGAGUUCUGUAAACUCAAAUAGACAGAAGUCAUUUCAGACUUCAUGUGUCAGAUUCUUUGUUGUAAUUCUUCAUG